GGAAGCGGGCGUAGGGGCGCGUACCCCGGUGCCCGGUGGCUGCCCGCGGCCCCCCGAGCGCCCUCCCGGGCUCCAUGCGCGACCAUGGCGCAGAGCCUCCGGAGCUGGCUGGGCGGCUGCCUCCUGGUGUCAGCAUUAGGAAUGGUGCCACCUCCUGAAAAUGUCAGAAUGAAUUCAGUUAAUUUCAGGAACAUUCUACAGUGGGAGUCGCCUGCUUUUCCCAAGGGGAACCUGACUUUCACAGCUCAGUACCAAAGUUACAGGAAAUUCCAAGAUAUAUGCACAAGUACUGUCUUGACGGAAUGUGAUUUCUCAAGUCUUUCCAAGUACGGUGACCACACCUUGAGGGUCAGGGCUCAAUUUGAAGACGAGCAUUCAGACUGGAUAAACAUCACCUUCUGUCCUGUGGAUGACACCAUUAUCGGACCUCCCAGAAUCCAAGUAGAAGCACUUGCUAAUUCUUUACAUAUGCGUUUCUUAGCCCCGAAAAUUAAGAAUGAACCUGAAACAUGGAGCAUGAGGAAUAUUUAUAACUCAUGGACUUAUCAUGUGCAAUAUUGGAAAAAUGGCUCAGACGAAAAGUUUCCAGUUACUGGUCAGUAUGACUUCGAGGUCCUCCGAAAUCUUGAGUCACACACAACUUACUGUGUUCAAGUUCGAGGGUUUCUUCCUGAUCGGAACAAAACUGGGGAGUGGAGUGAGCCUGUCUGUGAGCAAACAACUGCUGACGAAAUCGCCCCCACCUGGAUCGUGGCCGGGGUCCUGGGAGCCUCGGUGUGCACCGCCCUCCUGACGCUCACUGGCUGCUUCGUCUUGCUGCGGUGCGUUUACAGGAAGGCCAAGCAUGCCAUCCCCCCGAGGAAUUCUCUUCCACAGCACCUGAAAGAGUUUCUGAACCACCCUCAUCACAGCACACUUCUCUUAUUCUCCUUCCCACUGUCUGAUGAGAAUGAAGUUUUUGACAAACUGAGCGUCAUCACAGAAGUGUGUGAAAGCCACAAGCCGAACCUUGGGGCGGGCUGCAGCCUUAGGACCUUGUCUGGGCAGGGGUCCUCUGAGCUGACCUCCAAGGAGGACACACACUCAGCCGGGCACAGCAACCCCCUCCUUCUCACGCCUGCCUCUGAGGGUGAUCAGAGCAACCGACAAACAAGGGCUGAGACCAGCUGAGUAACCCCCGGAUUGAGAACCUCAGACGCUGGGACAACGUCCACACCACCAAGGAGCUUGGCACAAAUACUCCAUCUUGGGAACUAGCCACCUUAUAAAGGCCUUAAUGAUUUGAAAAAAUAGCCACUGAAGGUGUGAUUUUCAGCCUCAUGUGCUCACUCAAUAUAAAAAAGUUCCAGGGAAUUCCCUGGUGGUCCAGUAGUUAGGAUUCAAUACUCUCACUGCUGGGGCCUGGGUUCAAUCCCUGGUCGGGGAACUAAGGUCCCACAAGCCACACGGCCCAACAAGCAAAACGAAAAACAAGUUUUUAAACAAAAAUAUUUAAAAUGAGGAAUAAAAACCAAGAUGCUGUAAAACCUGACCAGAGUGCCAAUAGACUGAUGUGAAAAAUGGCCUCGACUCAAAAGUAACCGUCAGCAAACACUGUACAUGUACAGAGCACAGACUUUGUGGAUUCUCAGGGACACUUCGACUGGAUUUAUUUUUCUAUGCGGACACAUUUUAUGUAUAUAAUGCUCGUGCUCAAUUAAAGUCUUAUUCUCCGUUUAA